AUGGUUGCAGUGCCUGAGCAUCAGAAACGAGAGCAAGAAAUUCGGAGGUUGGAAGGGGAAGUUCAGGUCCGCGAUGAAAUUAUCGGCAAUUUGCAAAAAAAUUUGAUGACUGCCGAAGCGGCGCUUACCAAAAUGGUCUUCCAGGCCGGUGAAAAGCUGAAAGCAGUGCGCCAAGCUGAAGCAAACCGAGUGAACAGUGAAACUGUUAUCCGAUACGCAAACUUAAUCAGCCGAUCGCAUUCGGUUGCAGCGCCACUCACCUGGCAACUUGGCGACCCAUCUCGUCCAUAUCCGACAGAAGUUCGCACCAUGUUUUUGCGGAACUGCUUUUUUUUUUGA